GACCCAACUCUUGGUCCCGACGCGUUCAAGCCCUGCCUGCGUUGCUCUCUCGCCGUCUGGCAGAGGCUGUCGGUUUCCUCUCUUUUUCUCUCCUUUUUUCCUCUGCUGUUCCUUUAGAAAGCACUUCACAAACUCUUAUUGUGGAUCUUUGUACCGGUUUCUUACUAAUUUGUGAGUCCUGCGUCUGUCGCGGAGUUGACUUGUGCCUUUACCCGCAGGGUCUUUGACGUAUAACCUUCGACUUUUCAACUCUCUUGCUCCGCGUUGCUCUUGUUGUUGUCUUGCUGAUACACGUUGUCAGUGUAGUUAAUCCUAUAGCACUGGUGAUUCAUACUUGUCGUCGCGGAACAACCACUCUACCCUCAACUAUUCAAGUUUCAUAGAUUUAGACCGGGAUCACUAUGUCGACUACUAAUCACGAUUCUUCGAGGAAGCCUUCGGGUUCGUCCACUCAUUCUGCGGCCCACUCUAAUUUGAGUUCACCAAAUGUUCAACCUCUAAGGGACCUAUCGUCCAGUCCUCGAUUCUUAGGCGUUGGCAUGGGAUCGACUGGCGCGCGGAAAUCUACGAAUUCUGGUUGGCAGCAGAUGUGGGGCAAUAAGCCGACCUCUCGAAACCCUUCUGCUUCUUCAGCGACGAGUUUACCAGAUUCCUCGAUCCUCAACCAGGGGAGUGGCUACCGACCUGUAAGAGAUGACAGCUGGAAUGCACCACGCAGUAUCAGUGCAUCCUGGGACGAGAUGGGCAGCAGUCCUCAACGGUCAGAUUUAUCCUUGGAUCAAGCGUCCUACCAACACGCUAGACAGCGACAAACCGCGCCAGCGCAGUCAACGGCUUUGGACGUGCCCUCUUCUGGUCUGCCCAACCCUGGCCAGUACGCGUCACAGAGAUUUGGUGACGCAAGAGACCCAGCCGCUGGUCCGAAAUAUGCGACUACGUCUCCAGCACGGGGACCCUACGAUGCUUCACACUCUUCGUACAACAGUCAGCAACAAAUGUUACAAGCACGCAGCCCCGGUGGUACCUACACCUCUCUGCAAGGGGUUGAUGACGGUUUCUCCGCAGCCAUGCGCGGGAUGGCCAUCGAAGAGGAGUAUGCUUUUUCUCAACAGCGUGGAUUGCCGGCUGCGAGUACUCAUCUGUCCAGCCACGCUGGUCAUCCUUCACAGCCUCCAGUACCCGCAAUGCACACGAUCGUUUCAGGGCAGCAGGCGCGGCCGGCUUACAAUAGUUUCCCACAGCCUGAUUAUUCUGCAUACUAUCCUAGCCCUUCAUACUCCUACGAUGCCUACCGCACGACGCCUGAUCCUACUCUGUAUGCAUCUUCUCCUGCUUUGAGUGCAGCCACUCCUGCAGCUGGUGUAUAUCCCGGCAUGGGGCCUCAGAGCGACAUCCACCCAGGGCAGCAAGUUAGUCUUCUCUACGACUUUUCUGCAAUGACUAGGGCACAUUCACAAUAUUAUUAUCCACCACAUCUAAUGUACCACCCUGCCCACACGCGCACCUCAGUUGCGGUAUCCCAAGGACCGCCGGAGAGCGCUCGAGAUGUUCAGGUGUGUCUAACGGAAAAUUCCAGCUCAUGGAAUACGUUUUACCUUUUCUUACGGUCGUUGGGUUCACAGGGUCUUCCGUAUGCUAAUAUACCUCCGUCGCCCGCUCAGCAUCACGUGUUCGUUCCUCCUCUUGACUAUACUCAGCUUUCUCAUAUAGUUUCUCCCGCCGUGUUCGGCCAUGCUAUGAGUAACCCCUUCGUUACUGGCAAUGCUCAUGCCCAGCGGGGUAAACGCGGAGGCCAUCGUUACCACCAUCACGAAGAGAGCAAUGUCCAGCGCAGCGCCCUUCUAGAGGAAUUCCGCUCAGACAGGACGAAGGUCUGGGAGCUGAAGAAUCUUCUCGGGCAUAUUGUGGAGUUUAGCAGGGAUCAGCACGGCUCGAGGUUCAUCCAGACAAAGUUGGAGUCUGCCACAGACGAGGAAAAGCAGCUUGUCUUUGACGAGAUUGUUCCUGCGCAUACGGCACGGUUGAUUCAAGAUGUGUUUGGCAACUAUGUUAUUCAGAAGCUCUUUGAGUUUGGAACACUUGAUCAGCAGGCUCAGCUUGUGGCUGCAAUGGAGAAUAACAUCCUUGCGCUAUCUCUGCAUGUGUAUGGAUGUCGCGUGGUUCAAAAGGCUGUCGAACUCGUUUCGCCCGAGCAACAAAGUGCGUUUGUGAACGAACUUGAAAGCCAUGUCCUCAAACUCGUCAAAGAUGCCAACGGUAAUCAUGUGAUCCAAAAAAUGGUCCAAGUUGUUGCACCGGAACGCCUGCCUUUCGUCAAUGCUUUCCGAGGCCAUGUGUUGGAACUAGCUACGCAUCCAUUCGGUUGCCGUGUUCUCCAACGUUGUCUUGAGAAUAUGCCUGUCGAACACACGCGCCCAUUGCUCGACGAAAUGUUGGAACACUCGGUUGCUCUAAUGCAGGAUCAGUUCGGGAACUACGUCGUUCAAUACGUUCUCGAACACGGCCAACCACAAGACAAUGAGCUGAUCGUCGCGAAGCUACAGGGUCACUUACUUGCGAUGGCUCGACACAAGUUUGCCUCCAACGUUUGCGAGAAAGCAUUGAUAACUUCAACUCCCGAGAUGCGUCGCGCUCUGAUCGACGAAAUUGUCACACCUAAACAUGAGGGCGCCAAUAACGUCAUGAUGAUGAUGCGCGAUCAGUAUGCCAACUACGUGCUGCAGCGUGCUUUAUCGGUAGUCGAAGGUGAUCAAAAGGAACAGCUUGUAGGCAAGGUCAAACCACAGCUUAUGCAGUUGCGCAAACAAACUAGUCACUUCAGCAAACAUUUACUUGCAAUUGAGCGGCUGCUCGAAAAGUGCUCUCAGGUUCAGGAAACACCGUCGGAAAACUCUAAUACUGCUCCUAUUCAACCAAACACUUCAAACUAAGGUCUUUAUAGUUGCAUACUAAUUUUGGUACUCUGGUCUCCACUCACAUCGCAUCCUCGUAUUCUACAUUGCUUUCGCAUUUGCUCUAAAGUUGAUUCGUUUGCAUUCUAUCCCGUUGCUUGUAGUGUUUCCUAACUUCACUGGUAGGAUACUUGCAUCUUGGACUUGUCUAUAGUUGAUUCAGUGCUGUCAAGCUUAUUCAAACUAUCCUUUUAGUCAUUUUCACCGGUCUCAUUCGUUCAGUCUAAUUCACCCAUCCCAUUUCGUAUACCUUCUUGUUAUCUUGCUCUAAUACAUGUCGAUUUGCGCUCAGAGAUGUGUAAGCCGUACUGGCUUUGACCUGGUGCACAAAAUAUUCUUCAGGGGUAAAAUAAUUGGAACCAGAAGUG